GGGGGGGCCCUGGGGACUCAGGCUGCACCCCUUCCCGAGAUGCCGCCAGAAAAGGGGUGCAAAGAGGGAGGGGGCAUCUCGUCGGCGGGAUUCGCUUCGCGGGGCCCGGCGGGCUCUCCCCGGGAGCGUCUCCGGCAGGGCGGGGAAGCCGGUCCGAGCCAGCAGCCGGGCGAGCCCUUCCCCGGCGGGGCCCGGACCGGCGGCCCGAUUGGCCGGGCGGGGGCGCGCCUCUCGCGCCGGGCAGCCCCCCCUCCUCCAGCGCCAGCGCGGCCGGACUCGGCUCCUGCGCCGGCCGGACAGCCUAGCCCGCCUCGCCCGGCCACAGGAGAUCCUUUGGUUCUACAACUGUCAGAAUUUCCACCCAGGAUGAUGGUUCUUUGCAGAGGUUCACUGUUCCGGCCAUCGUAAUGAAAAUGUAGCAAGAAGGGAUCUUGUGAUGAUGCUGAGCCUCACCAGCUGGGUGAGCAGAGGGCUGGUCCUUUUUGCCAUGGUGCUCACAACUGCCUCCAUCACCAUAUCAGGAGAAUGGGAAAAAGAAGGGGUGACCUAUGCCGAGCUGGGGAGUGACGUGGCUCUGAAAUGCCCUGGAGCAAACCCAAGCAACUCUUCUGUCUUCAGCUCCACGAGUGGAUGGCAGCGGAGUGGGGGCUCCGGGCUGCCCACGGACUCCAGCAUCCAGCAGGGCCAGCUGCUCUUGAGCCACGUGGACCUCUCCUCGGAAGGCAUCUACAGCUGCCAGGAUGGCAGCGGGCUUCUCCUGGGCUCCGUUGCGCUCAGAGUCGGCCGUCUCCCUGGACCCCCCUCCGUCGCCUGCCGAGCCUCCAACUACGAGAACUUCUCCUGCUUCUGGACCCCCAGCGUGGAGACACACCUGCCCACCAGAUACAUUGCCACCUACCUGAUGAAACAGCCGCCCGGAACUGACAAGUCAAGAUCCCGGGUCAGCAAUGUGGGUCUGUGUGUCCAGGAUCCUGCCCUCCCUUUCUCCUGCACUGUCAGCAAGUCCCAGUUCUGGAGCUCCUACCGUGUGAACGUGACGGAGGUGAACCCCCUGGGCUCCAGCUUCUCUCUCCUGGACAUCAUCGCCCACAGCAUCACCAAGCCAGAUCCUCCAGAGCAUGUACGGGUGGAGCCGGUGCCCCUGGCCCCCCGGCGGCUGCACGUCAGCUGGGCAUACCCCUCCUCUUGGCCCAAAGAGCCUUCCUUCCAGCUCCACUUCCGGGUGCGCUACCGGCCGGUCUUUCACAGCUCCUGGUCAAUGGUGGAGACGAGCAACCUGUCCGAGGUGAUCACGGACGCCCUGAUGGGCCUGGAGCACGCGGUCCAGGUGAGCGCCAAGGACUUCCUGGAUGCUGGCAGCUGGAGCGAGUGGAGCCCAGAGGCACGAGGCUGGCCGGCUGCUGGACAGGUUGCUGAGCCCAGCGAAGCUGCUCCGGACACCGUUGAGCUGGACCCACCCGCCGAGGAGCCCUCUCUGUCCCCCGACAACGAGCCAGUCGCAGGGCACGGUGACUCCAUGGAGAAGGUAGCAACGCUGGUGUCUCUUGGCAUCGUCGCCUUCUUUGCCCUGAUGGCCCUGCUGCUGUUUGCCUUCCUGGUGUGGAUCCGGGCAAAGAAGCAGAGCAAAGAGGCAGACAAACACCAGGACCUGCUUGCAGCUGCCACCCACCUCAAGGCCUUGCCAAAAGCUCAGAUCUUGUAGCACAGCUCUGCCUCCCCUUGGCAGAUCAGCCUCCUCUCCCAGCCAGGGAAUCAUGGACCUCACCCACUGCAGCUGCUGUUGAUUCUCCAGGGCACAGGACCCAGGCACCCUGCCCUCCCCAGCCACCUUGGACCUGCUGCUUAUCUACUGGAACUUGGCCCAGCCAGUCCCAACCCUCUCCUGCAAGCAGACUGCCUGCCAGAGUCUGCCGGUUUUAAACUCGUCAGGGGCUCCUUGUGGGAAGGGAGAACCGGGGAGCAGCUGCUUGGAAAAGGGGUGCUGUUGGCUGAGCCUUGCUCUGGGCACCCCUGUCUCUCCCCUGAAACUGAAGCUCUGCAGACUGGAGGAACCAAGACUCCUCGGGAUGGCCGUGCUGAGAGAGAGAGAGACCAGCCUGGCGGGACCCCGGCAACUGCUUUUGGCACCGGGGGGGGGGGGAGGACAGCCUGGCAGAGCAGAGACAUUGACCCAGGAUCUCCCCAUAUGCCAGUUGUGGGGCUGCGUGUGUGUGUGUGUGUGUGUGGAUACAUCUGCGCUUGGUUUGGUUCAGAGAAUUAAAUUUCAAAUGUUGGGGUUUUUUAAAUGAA